AUGUACAUAAACGCAGAUUUUGUUAAGGGCAAAGUUACUGUCAAAGGCGAUGGCAUUUGGGUUAGAGUUGACUUCCCGAGCACCAUCACGGAUCCCCUUGUCUUCCUGGGCUCUCCUGAUUUCAUCGGGAACUACGGAAUUCGUGCACAAGCGGAAUACGUUGUACUGGCCCAGAUUCAAAAUAUGGCAUCAGUUGUGGAGGACGCACUUGAGUUCAAUACGACCCCUUAUGUUUUCGCCAAAGGCUCUGUUGAGUAUCGCCUUAAAAGGUUUUAUAUCUCAUUAUCCUCUUCCAUUAUGACCAAUGCCCCUAAAGUCAUCAUAGGUAUCAUGGCUCUAGGUUCAGCCCUUUCCACCAAUUUUGGCACCGCGAAAAUUUCGCUCCGAGCUCGGGCACUGCUAACGUCAGGGGAAGAGAUUUCACAUGACCUUGGCUCUCCAGUCCUUGCAUUCAUACAGCCAUACUAUUCUUUAGACUCAUACAGCUAUGCUGUCGAAGAUUGUGAUAGUGAAACGCACUGCGUGCCGCGAAUGAUAAGCGACUGCCACUACAACACGAACUUCGACGUUUCUCUAGCAUCGUAUUUACUGCUAGCAUAUGGUCAGCUAAUGCAUUUAAUCGUAGUUGAAUACGCCUACUGCUGUCACAUUCCCAUAUUGCUGAUCUUGCGUGAGACCCUCACCAAUGUGCCUACUUCAAGCCGCCAUUAG